GUGUAGUCAUUGUGGGGGGGCGAUUUCCUUCCACGCUCAUUGCUGACCCGGAUCGUGAGGGAGGAGGCACGAAGUAUCAGGCGGGAAAGCUGAGAAGAUGGGCCGCAGAAAGUCGAAGAGAAAGCCUCCACCUAAGAAGAAGAUGACGGGAAAUCUCGACACCCAGUUCACGUGUCCAUUCUGUAACCACGAGAAAUCCUGCGACGUCAAGAUGGACAGAGCUCGAAAUACGGGUGUCAUCUCCUGCACCGUGUGCCUUGAGGAGUUCCAGACCCCUAUAACGUAUCUGUCAGAACCGGUGGAUGUUUACAGUGACUGGAUCGAUGCUUGUGAAGCUGCCAACCAGUAGCAUUGUGCCAGGCGGGCGAUCUUAUCAGUGUGUACCAGACGCCCUCUGUAUGUUGACUUGUACUUCCCACCAUGACUUCUUGAGGACAAGUUCAGAGCGCCCUCUGGUGGCAGAAGAUGGCCAGCUUCCAGACUUCACAAUGAAUGAAUGCAGACCGUGGCCGCUAGAGGCUGAAUCUACCGGGGCGCAUUAGAGCAGCGAGAUUAUAGGAUGCUUUAGGGUUAAUUUCUUAUUAUUUUCCCCUCUAGUGAUAAUCGUGUUAUUUAUGUACUAUAUUCGAGGACUCGCCUCCCGCCACCUAGCGGGUGUGUCGGGGUACUGCAGCAAUUGGCUUUUUGGGGUCCACACGAUAAAUUAGUUGCUGACUUUAAGAUCUUGUACUGUCAAUUUUUAAAAUUUUAUUUUUUGCUAAAAAUGUCAGAAAUGAGUGCAAAACUGUAGACGUGGAAAGCCAUACUCUUUGAGUUGCAUCAUGCCAUGUGCUCCAUUCACAACCAGAGCUGGGACC